AUGCUGAACUUAAGAGAGACUUGCUGGGAUAAGGCGGGACAUUUCUUUGAUCUCCCAGACUUCUUAUCGUGGAAGGCAACAGGUGUCACAGCACGGUCUCUCUGCUCCCUGGUGUGUAAAUGGACAUACUCGGCAGAGAAAGGCUGGGAUGACAGUUUCUGGAAGAUGAUUGGCUUGGAAGACUUUGUUGCAGAAAAUUACAGUAGAAUAGGAAACCAAGUGCUGCCUCCUGGAGCUGCUCUUGGAAAUGGGCUUACACCAGACGCGGCAAAGGACCUUGGCCUUCCGGCUGGGAUUGCAGUGGCAGCCUCGCUUAUUGAUGCCCACGCGGGAGGACUAGGAGUGAUUGGAGCAGAUGUGAGGGGGCAUGGCCUUGCCUGUGAGGGACAGCCAGUGACAUCAAGGCUGGCUGUCAUCUGUGGAACAUCUUCUUGUCACAUGGUGAUUAGCAAAGACCCAAUUUUUGUACCAGGUGUCUGGGGCCCUUAUUUCUCAGCCAUGGUCCCUGGGUUCUGGCUGAAUGAAGGCGGUCAAAGUGUUACUGGAAAAUUGAUAGACCACAUGGUGCAGGGCCAUGCUGCCUUCCCUGAACUACAGGCCAAGGCCACAACCAGAUGCCAAAGUGUAUAUGCAUAUUUGAACAGUCACCUGGAUCUGAUUAAGAAGGCUCAGCCUGUGGGUUUCCUAACUGUUGAUUUACAUGUUUGGCCAGAUUUCCAUGGCAACCGGUCUCCCUUAGCCGAUCCGACACUAAAGGGUAUGGUCACCGGGUUGAAACUGUCUCAGGACCUCAAUGAUCUUGCCAUUCUCUACCUGGCCACAGUUCAAGCCAUUGCUUUUGGGACCCGCCUGAUUAUAGAGUCCAUGGAAGCAGAAGGCCAUACUAUCAGCACUCUUUUCCUGUGUGGAGGCCUAAGCAAGAAUCCCCUUUUCGUGCAAAUGCAUGCAGACAUUACUGGCGUGCCUGUGGUCCUGUCGCAAGAGGUGGAGUCUGUUCUAGUGGGCGCUGCUAUCCUGGGUGCCUGUGCCUCGGGGGAUUUCGCUUCUGUUCAGGAGGCAAUGGCCAGAAUGAGCAAAGUUGGGAAAGUUGUGUUUCCCAGACUUGAGGAUAAAAGAUAUUAUGACAAGAAAUACCAAGUAUUCCUGAAGCUAGUUGAACACCAGAAGGAGUAUGCAGCCAUCAUGAAAGGGGACUGAACAGAGCUUGCAAGUGCCAGUGCCAGAAGAUUCUAUGUCAUUGUGUCAGGGACCUGUGUCAUUUCACCUUACAUUCAAGACCCUUUAGGUAUCAUUUCAUCAUGCCUAUUGUCUUUUAAUAAAGCAAACUAAGGAAUGUGCAACUAGAA